UUUCACUAUCAAUUCAUUUGGGCAAUGUGAGAAUGUGGUGAUCAUUUUUGGUAAAAGAAGAAAUUUUAAAGGAUUAUGUGCUACAUUUUUUACGGAAAGUUCAUACGAUAGUGGUUAAUACGGUUUUGUACGGUUUAGCUUAAAAAAAUCAAUCUAACGAAGGACAGUAUUCUGUGCGCCACGAUGGUCGAAGAACAUGAGCAAUCGAAGAAUGCGGCCAAAAAAGCAGCAAAGGAUGCUGCCAAAGCCGCUAAGAAAGCAGAACACAAAGCGGCCGCCGCUGCCGAAAAAGCUCAGCCAGAUACAGCGGGCACCGACAGUGCCGAUUAUUCGGAGGGCCUGUACGGUGUGACUAAGAUGAUACAAAGUACAGUGAAACAUUCCGAGCGAAACUUUGUACCGGUUCAUGAGCUUGGCGCUAUGGCGAAGGAUUCACUCGCGUGGGUCCGCGGUCGUGUCCAUACGACGCGUAGUAAAGGAAAGCAGUGUUUCCUGGUCCUUCGUCAGCAGAGCAGUACGGUACAGUGCGUGGUGGCUGUAAACGACGAUACCGUGUCGAAGCAGAUGGUCAAGUUUUCCGGGAGCGUUCCACGAGAAAGUAUAGUCGACAUAAAGGCGCGGGUUGUACCGGUCGCGAAUAAAAUUGAAGCUUGCACAGAGCAAGAUUUGGAACUGCAUGUGAUUGAACUGUAUUUGGUGUCGUCUGCCAAAGCUCAACUUCCGCUGCAAAUUGAAGAUGCGGCACGUCCUGAGAAAUCCGACGAUCCGGAAGCAUUGCGUAUUCGCGUCAAUCAGGACACCCGGUUGGAUAACCGCGUUCUCGACCUACGAACUCCGGCGAAUCAAGCAAUAUUUCGACUGGAAGCUGGAGUGUGUAAACUGUUUCGUGACAUUCUGGCCCGACAAGGCUUCACAGAGAUUCACACUCCGAAAAUUAUUUCGGCAGCCAGUGAAGGAGGUGCGAACGUGUUUACGGUUAGCUACUUCAAAGACUCAGCAUAUCUCGCUCAAUCACCGCAACUCUACAAGCAAAUGGCCAUUGCGGCUGACUUCGACAAAGUGUUCACCGUGGGUGCAGUAUUUCGCGCGGAAGACUCCAACACGCACCGACAUUUGACGGAGUUCGUUGGACUCGAUCUGGAAAUGGCAUUCAAAUAUCAUUAUCAUGAGGUGUUGGAUACUAUUGGAAAUACGUUCACUGAAAUUUUCAAAGGUUUACGCGAUAGCUACGCUCGCGAAAUCACUGCCGUUGGUCAGCAAUUCAACGUAGAGCCGUUCAAAUUCUUGGAACCCCCGUUGAGAUUAGAGUUCGCACAAGCUGUCCAGAUGCUGAGAGAAGCCGGCAUAACGAUGGACGACGAAGAGGAUCUAUCGACGCCCAGUGAAAAGCUACUCGGAAGACUGGUCAAAGCAAAGUAUGAUACUGAUUUUUACAUCCUGGACAAAUUUCCUCUGGCAGUUAGGCCAUUUUAUACCAUGCCGGAUCCGUCGAAUCCCAAGAUAUCGAACUCGUACGACAUGUUCAUGCGAGGAGAGGAAAUUUUGUCCGGUGCCCAGCGUAUUCACGAUCCUGAGUAUCUGGUAGAACGCGCAAAGCAUCACGCAAUUGACAUUUCCAAAAUUGCCGCAUACAUCGAAGCGUUCCGUUUUGGGUGUCCACCGCAUGCCGGAGGCGGUAUUGGUUUGGAGCGAGUCGUAAUGCUGUACUUGGGUCUCGACAAUAUCCGAAAAACAUCGAUGUUUCCCCGUGACCCGAAGAGACUUACGCCCUAAGAGCAUGCCCCAGGAUCACAGUUAUUGGUGUUGUUUUUUUUUCUACGGAAAUCAACGCCACCAUUCCCUCGGUUAUCAUUGAGCUUUCCCGUAAUUCCACGUUUCAUUCGAAAUGGUUGAGCUGUGCUGGAAGCUAGGGUAUGAUACCAGUUCAAUCAUUGUUUAAUUUGCUUCUAAAUUUCUUCUUCGGGUGUCAGUGACCACAGUUUUUAAUAUCCUACACUUUCAUAGAAAGUCUUGAGUUUCGAUUGAGACCAGAGGGAACUAAAACUAUACAUAAAAGUAGAUCAAACGACGAAAAGACUUAAUACUUACAAGUAAAUCAACAGUUUAGAACGAGUGUAAUACUUAAUUGGAACCUGAAUUAGAUGAAUUUGCAAGGAUUUUCAGCUUGAUCGAAAGACGAAAGAUUAAAGGAUGAUAAUCAGAAUGUUUGCGUAUUCAUGCCUUUGUGAAGCUCCAGUGAAACGUACAUUACAACUAAUCCGUAUAUCUA